GCUCUUCAAGGGGCGGAAGGAAGAGAGAGAGAAGGGCGGGGGAUAAGCAAAGUCGGCCACUUGUUGGAGGUUUCAGUCAAUUUCGUACGUGCCAUUUGCUUGCAUUGACGCGAGAGAUCCAUGAUUGGGUUUGUGUAGCGCUAUUGGAGCCAAUCAGGGGAACCGGGCGAGCGAGAAACGACGACAGGCUGCACGGUUGAGUGUGAUUUGAAGACCUCAAAGUGCAGUGACCAUGGAGCAGUACACAACCACCACAGGGGAGCAGAUAGUGGUACAAACAGCCAAUGGUCAGCUCCAACAACAGGUGCAGGGACAGCCUCUGAUGGUGCAGGUGAGCGGGGGGCAGCUCAUCACCUCCUCUGGCCAGCCUAUCAUGGUGCAGGCCAUGGGGGGGCAGGGCCAGACCAUCAUGCAGGUUCCCAUGGCUGGCACUCAGGGGCUCCAACAGAUCCAGCUGGUGCAGCCAGGGCAGAUCCAGCUGCAGGGGGGGCAGACUCUACAGGUGCAGGGGCAGGGGGGGCAGACCCAACAGAUCAUCAUCCAGCAGCCGCAAACCGCAAUGACUGCUGGGCAGAACCAGGGCCAGCAGCAGAUUACAGUGCAGGGCCAGCAGUUGGCCCAGACGGCUGACGGCCAGACCAUUGUGUACCAGCCAGUCAACGCUGACGGCACUCUUCUCCAACAAGGGAUGAUCACCAUCCCUGCAUCAAGUCUGGCAGGAGCUCAGAUAGUGCAGGCAGGCAACAACACCAACACCACCAACAGUGGCCAGGGCACAGUGACUGUCACGCUGCCCAUGUCUGGGAACAUGGUCAAUACUGGGGGCAUGGUCAUGAUGGUUCCUGGUGGAGGCACGGUACCAGCCAUGCAGCGUAUCCCCCUGCCCGGGGCCGAGAUGCUGGAGGAGGAGCCUCUGUACGUCAACGCCAAGCAGUACAACCGCAUCCUGAAGAGACGGCAGGCCCGCGCCAAGCUGGAGGCCGAGGGCAAGAUCCCCAAGGAGAGACGGAAAUAUUUGCACGAGUCACGGCACCGCCACGCCAUGAAGAGGAAGAGAGGCGAUGGAGGACGAUUCUUCUCUCCCAAGGAGAAGGAAGAGAUGGCGCUGGCCAUGCAGUUGCAGGGCUAGGAUGGGGUGGUGUAAAGGUACAGUCAGAGCUCCCACCAGUUGGAGAGGAAGCCGUCGUGCAGAUGAUUAGUGUGUCCUAACCCGUCGUUAGCCCGAGGAGGCUCGUCUGUAUGUUUGUGCGCUUGUUUCUGUAUGUCAAGUGGAAGAGGGGAGAGAACUCUGACACAUCUACCAGUGCAUCUUUCUGGGGACUUUCUAAGAAUUCAGCAAGCUGGGCUGGCUCAGAGCACAAUGUGGACUAGUGGAGAGUUUGUCAGCUCUAAGUGCACACCAGAUACGUUAUUCAGUACUACACGGUAACCAUGGAAACACUGGAGAGCAAUCGGGACCCUGGAAGACUCGGGAGGACGUCUGUUAUGUAAUUGUGAUUUGUACGGACAUUUAUAACUCUGUAUCAAAGUUGCUUGGUCUUUAACGCAGUUUUCAUAUUUAUUUGGAACACAUUACUAAAAUGGGUAGCUGUUUGUUCCUGUCCUCUGCUUUAGGUUUUCAGGUUUAGUCUUAUUUGUUGCUGACAGAUUUCAUGUGAAAAGCAAUAAUCUAAGGGCUAUAACCCAAACACUUUUAUUCCACUUUUGUUUUAGUAUUUAAUAGGUUUUUGCAUGAUCUACUUGAAUUGCAAGUUUAGGCCACAGCAAUACCAAGUUAGUGUACAUAGGUAAUGUGUGUAUGGUACUGGGCCACAUUGUAUGAUAUCAGCUGUGGCUGCCCACACCUUUUCCAGGAAAGCUACCCUCCUGUAAGUUUUCAUUUAAUUUGUAACUAACCUGCUUCAAUUUGUUAGCCAUUGAAUUGUUAGAAUCAAGAACACUAGAUUCGGGUUGGGCAGAGGGUUGGGCAGCCCUGGUGUAAACUGAAUUUUUCUUUUAUAUAACAUAAAUAAAACAACACAUGUCAA